CCGAAUGGUUUAAAUACAACCAAGGUUUUGCUGGGCAGUCACUUUUGGUUUGAGGUUGAGAAGGCAACAUAGCUAAAAAGAGGAACAGUGAAUUUCAAAGUUUGAUCCCAAAACCGAUAUGGCUAUCAAGUUCAUGAUACUCCUUGCUCUUGUUUCCAUCGCAGUUGCUGCACCAAAAUCACGGAACUUUUUCGCUGAUUAUCUGUUCAGGAGAGCAAGUGGGGGAUGUUCUCAGGAAGAGUUAGACGGGCUUGCAGCUGCCGGUGUUGACCUCGCUAAAUCAAAUAUUAACUGUAAGCGGGAACCUGACAACGACUUUGUUCAAUUGGAUGAGUUGGGUGAAGAAGAAAAAAGAGGUUGCUCAAUUGACUACAGCUCAAACCCGGCAUGCUGCAGUCCUGGUUGUAAUUGGAUAAUGGAACUACAUUGUAUGAGCCCGAUUCAGAUGAUCUGCAAGAAAUAAAUAACAUAAUUGAUCGCUUGAAACUUUAAUCAUGAUUUUGUGCUAUUAUCGACGUCACAUUGACUCAUAAUAGUUCAAACGCUAAAUAUAUAUUUAUAUUAUAUAUUAUAUAAAUAUAUAUAUAAUAUAUAUAUAUAUUAUUACAUAUACUGUUAUAUAUACAUAAAGUACUUCCUA